UCACCCAGGCCUCCCCGCAUCCCGGAGCUUUCUCAUACAACCUUUUGACACCUAAGGCAGAGUUUGUUGAGUGCGAGGCACUGAAUAAGAGCUUUGACCUGGAUGGUCUUUCAUCCUAGAACAGUACCAUUACGUGGAUGAUGAUGAUGAUGAUUGCGUUUUACGGAAAAGUGAACCGAGUGUUUUAACUCAAAUGGGUGAUGAAAAGGACUCUUGGAAAGUGAAAACGUUAGAUGAAAUUCUCCAGGAAAAGAAACGAAGGAAAGAACAAGAGGAGAAAGCAGAGAUAAAACGCUUAAAAAAUUCUGAUGACCGGGAUUCCAAAAGGGAUUCCCUUGAGGAGGGGGAGCUGAGAGAUCACCGAAUGGAAAUCACAAUCAGGAACUCACCAUAUAGAAGAGAAGAUUCUAUGGAAGACAGAGGAGAGGAAGAUGAUUCUCUGGCUAUUAAACCACCCCAGCAAAUGUCCCGGAAAGAAAAAGCCCAUCACAGAAAAGAUGAGAAGAGAAAAGAGAAGCGUAGACAUCGUAGCCAUUCAGCAGAGGGAGGGAAGCACGCUAGAGUGAAAGAAAAAGAAAGAGAACAUGAACGUCGGAAACGCCAUCGAGAAGAACAAGAUAAAGCUCGCAGAGAAUGGGAAAGACAGAAGAGGAGAGAAAUGGCAAGAGAACAUUCCAGGAGAGAGAGGGACCGCCUGGAGCAGUUGGAAAGGAAGAGGGAGCGGGAGCGCAAGAUGAGGGAGCAGCAGAAGGAACAGCGGGAACAAAAGGAGCGGGAACGGAGGGCAGAAGAGCGUCGCAAAGAGAGAGAAGCACGUAGGGAAGUCUCUGCACAUCACCGUACCAUGAGGGAGGACUACAGCGAUAAAGGAAAGGUUGGCCACUGGAGCCGUAGCCCUCUGCGGCCACCACGAGAGCGCUUUGAGCUGGGAGACAACCGUAAGCCAGUAAAAGAAGAGAAAAUAGAAGAAAGAGACCUUCUGUCAGACCUACAGGACAUCAGUGACAGUGAGAGGAAAACCAGCUCAGCCGAGUCUUCAUCAGCAGAAUCAGGCUCAGGUUCUGAGGAGGAGGAGGAGGAAGAGGAAGAGGAAGAGGAGGAAGAAGGGAGCACUAGUGAAGAAUCAGAGGAAGAAGAAGAGGAGGAGGAAGAGGAGGAGGAAGAGGAGACUGGGAGCAACUCUGAGGAAGCCUCAGAACAGUCUGCGGAAGAAGUGAGUGAUGAAGAAAUGAGUGAAGAUGAAGAGAGAGAAAAUGAAAACCACAUCUUGGUUGUUCCAGAGUCGCGAUUUGACCGAGAUUCUGGGGACAGUGAAGAAGGGGAAGAAGACGUGGGUGAGGGGACCCCACAGAGCAGUGCCCCAACGGAAGGAGACUAUGUGCCUGACUCUCCAGCCCUGUCGCCCAUUGAGCUAAAACAGGAGCUGCCCAAGUACCUGCCAGCCCUGCAGGGGUGCCGGAGUGUAGAGGAGUUCCAGUGCCUGAACAGGAUUGAAGAAGGCACCUAUGGAGUAGUCUACAGAGCAAAGGACAAGAAAACAGAUGAAAUUGUGGCUCUGAAGCGGCUAAAGAUGGAGAAGGAGAAGGAAGGCUUCCCAAUCACGUCACUGAGGGAGAUCAACACCAUCCUCAAGGCCCAGCACCCUAACAUCGUCACUGUCAGGGAAAUCGUUGUGGGAAGCAACAUGGACAAGAUCUACAUUGUGAUGAAUUAUGUUGAGCAUGACCUCAAGAGCCUAAUGGAAACCAUGAAGCAGCCCUUUCUGCCAGGGGAGGUGAAGACCCUAAUGAUCCAGCUGCUGAGUGGGGUGAAGCACCUCCAUGACAAUUGGAUCCUGCACCGUGACCUUAAGACCUCUAACCUUCUGCUGAGCCACGCUGGCAUUCUCAAGGUCGGUGACUUUGGGCUGGCUCGUGAGUAUGGUUCACCCUUGAAGGCCUACACUCCAGUUGUCGUAACCCUAUGGUAUCGUGCCCCAGAACUGCUGCUUGGUGCUAAGGAGUACUCUACAGCUGUGGACAUGUGGUCAGUGGGCUGCAUCUUUGGAGAGCUGCUGACACAGAAACCUCUGUUCCCUGGGAAGUCAGAGAUCGAUCAGAUCAACAAGGUUUUCAAGGACCUGGGGACUCCCAGUGAGAAAAUCUGGCCUGGCUAUAAUGACCUCCCAGCAGUCAAGAAGAUGACCUUCAGCGAGUAUCCCUAUAACAACCUCCGCAAGCGAUUUGGGGCUUUGUUAUCAGAUCAGGGCUUUGAUCUCAUGAACAAGUUCCUGACCUACUAUCCUGGGAGGAGGAUCAAUGCAGAAGAUGGCCUCAAACACGAGUAUUUCCGAGAGACUCCCCUCCCCAUUGACCCGUCCAUGUUUCCCACAUGGCCGGCCAAGAGCGAGCAGCAGAGGGUGAAGCGAGGCACGAGUCCACGGCCCCCAGAGGGCGGCCUGGGCUACAGCCAGCUGGGUGAUGAUGACCUGAAGGAGACGGGCUUCCACCUCACCACCACCAACCAGGGAGCCUCAGCUGCUGGCCCUGGCUUCAGCCUCAAGUUCUGAGAUCACAUUGACUGACCCUGGCCAGCUAGGUGGGACAGGCAGAUCUGCUGAGUCAGGACAACCUUGUUUUUUGUUGUUGUUGUUGUUUGUUUUCUCCAUGUUGUUAUUUGUUUUGGGGCGGUUUGUAAAUUUGUAGAAUUAAAUCACAUUUUUCCUUCUGGAAAGGAAAGACAGUUUUCAGAGGUGUCUAUCUUUCCUAGUGAGGAAGGGUGGGCAUCUAUAGGUGCCAGAGUAGAUGGCCAACCCCUCCGCACAGUAGGAUCUGGUCUGGAGCUAGCUGGAGUGGUCUGCUUGUCAGUCUUGGAGGGUGGUGGCUUGUGUGGUGCAUGAGGCAGCCUGAUUAGCACUGGGGUGUCUAGACCAGCCCCAUCCACACAGACCUUGGCCACAGAUCCAGGUGUGUGACAACUCCAGCCACAGUGGGUUUUUAUACGAGGUUGUUAAUGUUUUAAGAAGUAGUAAACUAUUGCUGGAGGAAA